AUGGCGAAGACAUUGACAUUGAAAGACGCACUUGCGGCGAUUUUGGAUAGCAGCGACGAGGAUGAAAGGCGAGUUUCCGAGCCUGAUGGAUUUUCUUCUGAUGAAGAUGAGGAUUAUGAUCACAGAAGAGAUCCAGUUGAGGACGGAGAGGAUUCACAGCUACCAGGGCCCAGUGUAACACAGGCAGCCUCACCUGUGCCUGCCACCAGGUCACCACCAGCCCCUACACCGCAGUCAUUCUCACCAGCCCGGCCAGCCAAGAGGUUCCGUACCCCCCAGCAUCAACCAGCACCCCCACCUACACAGCAACCAUCAUCACCAACCCGGCCAGCCAAGAGGUCCCGUAACGCCCAGCAUCAACCAGCACCCCCACCUACACAGCAGCCAGCUCCACUGUCUUGGAAGACGGAAAAAGACCCAGACAUCGCUCCCCCUGUCUCCAGGUUUCAACCAGCUCGAACACCAGGGCCACAGCUCAGCUCCACUUCCACAUAUACACCACUCGACCUCUUCAAACUUUUCUUCCCUGUACAAAUCAUACAAACACUGUGCCAAAACACAAACAAGCAGGCUGCUAAACAAAUGGCACAGGGAAAGAAAUAUAAAUGGUUAGAUGUGAACAUAGGGGAGUUUUACAAGUACAUUGGACUGCUUCUGUACAUGGCCAUGGUGAAACUCGACAGCAUUGCAGAUUACUGGAGACAGAAUCACUUCUUCUCUUUGCCACUUCCAGUGCAGAUCAUGCCACGGGACAGAUACAGAGCACUUUCUUGGAACCUUCACCUUAGCGACCCUGAAGAGGAUGUCCAGAACGACAAAAAAAAGGGCACAGCUGACCAUGACAAACUUUUCAGACUGAAACCCCUGAUGAACACCAUCAAAAAUGCCUGCAAGUCAUUUUAUCAUCCUCACAGAGAUGUGGCUGUGGAUGAAAGAAUGGUUGCAUCAAAGGCCAAAACUGGGAUGACGCAGUACAUGAAGGCAAAACCGAUAAAGUGGGGAUUCAAGUUGUUUGUCUUGGCAGACUCACGGAAUGGCUAUACAGUGGACUUUUCCGUUUACACCGGCAAAAGUGACAUCCCCUCUGGACAUGGCCUUUCCUAUGAUGUUGUGAUGUCCCUGGUACAACCAGGUUACCUUGGCACAGGCUACCACAUUUACAUGGAUAAUUUUUAUUCAAGCCCCAAACUCUUCAGGGCUCUCCAUGAGCAAAAAUUUGCUGCCUGUGGGACCUACAGGGAGAACCGCAAGGACUGCCCUCGGACAACAAAUAACGCCCUCACAAAAAAAUCAGAAAGAGGCUCCAUAAGAUGGAUCCGGGACGGGCCCCUCAUCUAUGUGAAAUGGAUGGACACGAGAGAAGUAUCAGUCUGCUCCACACUUCACACAGCACACUCUGGUAACACUGUUCAGAGGAGGGUGAAACAACAAGAUGGCUCUUGGACAAAGACAUCAAUCCCCUGUCCCACACCAGUUUUGGCGUACAAUGAACACAUGGGGGGAGUUGAUCAUUCAGACCAGCUCAUUCAAUAUUACUCUGCACAACACAAAACAAUGCGCUGGUACAGACACCUGUUUUACCAUUUUCUGGACAUUGCCACCACCAACAGCUACAUCCUCCACAAGGAACUCUGUCUGGCCCAGCAAACAACACCCAUGACACACAGAGCUUUCAUGGAGGAGCUGACUGCUGAACUCUGUGGUAAGCCUCUUCACACUGCUCCGGUCCCGGUACCUGCAGGUCAUAUUCCUGUGCCAAUUGCCGUUCAUGCAGCAGAUUCUUCCACAAAAGCCACCACAGGUCGCAGCAGGUGUGAGCAUUGCCAAAGCCAAGGCCAGAGAAAGGACACACCUUGGAAAUGCAGGGAGUGUGGUGUUGCGCUUUGCAUGCAGCUGGACAGAAACUGUUUUGCAGCAUGGCAUGACAGCUGA